AUCCGUUAAUUAUCGUCGUAAUUAAGUUUAGUUCGAUCCAUCCAUCCAUAGAAAAAGAAGCAAAGACAGAUUCCAUUCCAAAUAACACAAGUGACAGAUGGAGGAAGUGGGCCCGGCGGCGUCAGUAAAUAAUAAACAGUCGUGGUCAUCGUCCUUUUUCUUCAGAAUUUGAAUGAAUCAGUGAAGGAAGACCUAAAAAAAAUGUCAGUUACGGAGCUGAAGGAACGUCACAUAGCUGCAACGGAAACCGUCAACAAUCUCAGAGAACGUUUGAAGCAAAGACGCCUCUCUCUUCUUGAUACAGAUAUUGCUGGCUAUGCAAAGUCUCAAGGUAGAACUCCCGUUACUUUUGGUCCCACAGAUAUUCUUUGCUGUAGAACUCUCCAAGGUCAUACCGGAAAGGUUUACUCAUUGGAUUGGACUUCAGAAAAGAAUCGAAUUGUUAGUGCAUCUCAAGAUGGUAGAUUAAUAGUAUGGAAUGCUCUAACAAGCCAGAAAACUCAUGCUAUAAAGCUUCCUUGUGCAUGGGUCAUGACAUGUGCUUUCUCCCCAACUGGUCAAUCUGUUGCAUGCGGUGGCCUUGACAGUGUUUGUUCUAUUUUCAAUCUUAAUUCACCCACUGAUAGGGAUGGGAAUCUAAAUGUUUCAAGGAUGCUUAGUGGACAUAAAGGUUAUGUUUCAUCUUGUCAGUAUGUUCCAGGCGAAGACACUCACUUAAUUACUGGUUCUGGUGAUCAAACAUGUGUUUUAUGGGAUAUUACCACCGGCCUGAGAACAUCUGUUUUUGGAGGUGAAUUUCAGUCUGGACAUACUGCAGAUGUACUUAGCAUUUCCAUUAAUGGAUCCAACUCCAAAAUGUUUGUAUCUGGUUCUUGCGACGCGACUGCCAGAUUGUGGGACACUCGUGUGGCAAGUCGAGCAGUGCGGACAUUUCAUGGGCAUGAGGGUGAUGUUAAUUCUGUCAAAUUCUUUCCUGAUGGAAAUAGAUUUGGAACUGGCUCAGAAGAUGGAACUUGCAGAUUGUUUGACAUUAGGACUGGACACCAACUUCAAGUAUAUAAUCAGCAACACAGCGGUGACAACGAAAUGGCACAUGUGACCUCCAUUGCAUUCUCCAUAUCCGGAAGACUUCUGAUUGCUGGAUAUACAAAUGGCGAUUGCUAUGUUUGGGAUACUUUAUUGGCUAAGGUGGUCCUGAAUCUAGGAUCUCUUCAAAACUCUCAUGAGGGCAGGAUCACCUGUUUGGGUUUGUCUGCUGAUGGAAGUGCUCUGUGUACAGGAAGUUGGGACACAAAUUUAAAGAUAUGGGCAUUUGGAGGGCAUAGGAAGGUGAUUUGAGCCAUCCAUGGGAUAAAGACUCAUACUUUGACUCCUUCGUCAGGGCCACUCCCUGUAGGGUAUUGUGGUUCGUCACAACCCAGUAGUGAUGCUUCUGAUGUUGACUUUGGUCAAAAGUUGGAAGACAGUUUAUAACCUUUAGCAAUGGAAUUAGUGCAGCCUUUGUUUAGCUCCAUGCUCAUUGGUUCUUGUGUGUGAUCUAGGUGUAAACCAAAACAUAGGACUAUUUACUUUUCCGUCUCCUCAAUAUAACUAUUUGAAGUAAAUGUAUGUUCACAGACAGUGGUUAAAUGAGAUUUGGAUCGGUCAAGACUUGGGAGGAUGUUUGGAUCCCCAUUGUAAAAUCAAAUCUUCCUCUUCAAAUCAAUUCCUAUCAAAGAAACUCUUUUGUAA